AUGAGCACAUUCCUCCUGUGGGGAUUUUCCAGUUUCCCAGACCUGCAGAGUCUCCUCUUUGUAGUGAUCUUCUUCUCCCAUGUGACCAUCCUAGCUGCAAAUGUGUCCAUAAUGGUGGCCAUCAAGCUCAGUCACAACCUUCACACCCCCAUGUACUUUUUCCUCUGUGGUCUGUCCUUUUCAGAAACUUAUACCACUAUGGUAAUCAUUCCCCUCAUGUUAGUGGACUUGCUAUCAGACAGCAAGACCAUUUCCCUUCCUGAGUGUGCCAUAGAGAUGUUUUUCUUCUUUGGCUUGUCAGGCAAUAACUGCUUCAUCAUGGUUGCCAUGUCCUAUGACCGCUACAUUGCCAUUUACAACCCACUCCAUUAUGCCAUCCAGAUGACCCACCAGAUCUUCUUUCAGCUCAUGAUGGCCUCUGAGUGGUUGGGUUCCUGGUUUCCGUGUUCAUCGUCAUCACUGUAUUCAACUUGUCUUUGUGACUCCAACACCAUCCAGCACUUCUUCUGCGACAUCUCGCCUCUGGUCUCCCUUGCUUGUGAUUACACUUUGUAUCAUCAGAUGGCUAUUUUUGUGCUCUCUGCCUUUGUGUUGGUGGGCAGCUUUAUUUUAAUUAUCAUUUCCUAUGUCUUCAUUGGAUCCAUAGUUAUGAAGAAGUCUUCUGCAAAGGGGAAGCAUAAGGCCUUCUCGACUUGUUCCUCCCUCCUCACUGUAGUGUGCAUCCACUAUGGACUUUCUCGCUUUGUUUAUUUGAGGCCCAAGGACAGGGACUCAUUCUGUGAAGAUAUACUGAUGGCUGUGACAUAUACAGUGCUGACACCUCUGCUUAAUCCUAUCGUUUACAGUCUAAGAAACAAAGAAAUGCAGAUAGCCCUAAGGAAAGUACAAGAUAUUGCAAAUAGGUUUAUCCCUCAGAAGGUAGAUAAAAGAACUCUGAACACUUAA